GUAAUCUCUCCUAGAGGAACACCUCCCUGAGUGAGAGCUGCCGGAUAAUGAUAUAUAAAGAAAGGCAGCAUGUCUCCUUCUCUCUCCAAAGCUCCAGUUUUCAUCAUCACAGAGGAAUCCGAUCUCCACUGUCAUUAUGGUGGGUCUGAAGCCAUCCGAUGUGCCUCCUCCUCUGGGGGUGAAGGUGCUCAGUGCAGGAACAGCCGCCUGCAUCGGUGAUUUAGUCACCUUCCCUCUGGACACCGCCAAAGUUCGACUGCAGAUCCAGGGAGAGAAAGCAAUAACGGGAGCAGCGACUGGCAUCCGUUACAAAGGAGUGUUUGGUACCAUCAGCACCAUGGUGAGAACGGAGGGGCCGCGCUCGCUCUACAACGGCUUAGUAGCUGGACUGCACAGACAGAUGGCGUUUGCUUCUAUACGAAUCGGCUUGUAUGACAACGUCAAGAGCUUCUACACAAGGGGCAAAGACAAUCCCAAUGUGGGUAUCAGGAUUAUAGCUGGCUGCACCACUGGAGCCAUGGCUGUUUCCAUAGCCCAGCCCACAGACGUCGUGAAAGUGCGUUUCCAGGCCCAGAUGAACCUGCAGGGUGUGGGACGGCGCUACAAGGGGACCAUGCAGGCCUACAGACAGAUCUUCAAACAGGAGGGCCUCAGAGGCUUGUGGAAAGGAACUCUUCCCAACAUCACAAGAAACGCUCUGGUCAACUGCACAGAACUGGUGUCCUACGAUCUGAUCAAGGAAGCCAUUCUCAAGCACAAACUUCUGUCAGACAAUCUACCAUGUCAUUUUGUGUCUGCGUUUGGAGCCGGUUUCAUCACCACAGUGAUCGCAUCUCCUGUGGAUGUGGUGAAGACUCGAUACAUGAACUCUCCUCCUGGUCAAUACAAAAGCUCCAUCAACUGCGCCUGGACUAUGAUGACUAAAGAGGGACCGACUGCCUUCUACAAAGGCUUUGUUCCAUCAUUCCUGCGGUUGGGUUCCUGGAACGUGGUGAUGUUUGUGUCGUUCGAGCAGCUGAAGAGAGCCAUGAUGAUGUACAGGAACAGAAUCGAAGUGACCACAUAGACAUUAGUAACAGCCUUUUUAAAACACCUCUCUGACAGCGUGAUGAAAACUGGAGAUGAAGAUCUGGCAGCAGCUUCCAAACAAUUCAUUCAGAUUUGGGAGUUGACAACACAAGAUGCUUCAGGAUCCAUUUAAUAGAAGCAACAACUCUUGUGGGAGCCAUAUCCCACCAUAGAAUAAAAAUAUAAAAGUCAAUUCUGACUUUUUCCACAAUUGUGACUAUUUCUCGCAAUUGCGAUUCUAAUGUUCAUAUUGUUUAUAUCUCGCAAUAAAAAAACAAGAAAACGUGCAAUUGUGAGAAAUAACGUGUGCGAUUUCGACAUUGCGAUAUAUAAAGUUACAGUUGUGAGAAACAAUGUCAAAAUUACGAAAUUGCGAGAUUAAAGUUACAAUUGUGAGAUUAUCUCGCAAUGUCGAAAUUUUAUAAAGUAAAAUGUAGUUGCAAAAUUAUACUUGCAAUAUAUUAUUAUAACUCACAACUGCAAGAUAUAAAGUCAAUAAAAAAAACAAGAAAACGUGCAAUUGCGAGAAAUAAUGUGUGCGAUUUCGACAUUGCGAUAUGUAAAUUCAUAAUUGUGAGAUAUAAUGUGUGAGAUAUAGUUGCGAAUUUACAUUCGUUGUUGAAAUUGUAAGAUAUAAAGUCACAAUUGUGAGGUGCAAAAUUGCAAUUACUAGACAUAAAUUCGCAAUUACGAGAUAUAUUUGAGAAUUUUGACUUUUUGUACCUCGUAAUUUUGACAUUGUUUCUCCCUAUUGCAACUUUAUAUCUCGCAAUAUAUUAUUAUAACUCACAACUGCAAGAUAUAAAUUCAUAAUUAUGAGAUAUAAUGUGUAAGAUAUAGUUGCGAAUGUACAUUUUUUAAUUUUGAAAUUUUGACAUUACGAGAUAUAAAGUCGCAAUUUUGAUCAACUUUGACUAAAUUACGAAGUCACAAUUGUGAGGUACAAAAUUGCAAUUACGAGAAAUAGUCGCAAUUACGAGAAAUAAAGUCGCAAUUACGAGAUAUAGUCAUAAUUGAGAGAAUUUUUACCUUUUGUACCUCGUAAUUUUGACAUUGUUUCUCCCUAUUGCAACUUUGUAUCUCGCCAUGUCUUUUAAUAAUGUAAAAUGUAGUUGCAAAAUUAUACUCGCAAUAUAUUAUUAUAACUCAAAACUGCAAGAUAAAGUCAUAAAUGUGAGAUAUAAUGUGUGAGAUACAGUUGUGAUAUAUUUCACAAUUUCCAUUGAAAUUGUGAGAAUGUCAAAUAUACAACAUAAAAAGUCGAAAUUGAGAGAUGUUGAAAUUGUAAGAUAUAAAGUCACAAUUGUGAGGUACAAAAUUGCAAUUACGAGAAAUAGUCGCAAUUACGAGAUAUAGUCAUAAUUUCGGGAAUUUUGACUUUUUGUACCUCGUAAUUUUGAAAUUGUUUCUCCCUAUUGCAAUUUUAUAUGUCGCAAUGUCUUUUAAUAAUGUAAAAUGUAGUUGCAAAAUUAUACUCGCAAUAUAUUAUUAUAACUCACAACUGCAAGAUAAAGUCAUAAAUGUGAGAUAUAAUGUGUAAGAUAUAGUUGCGAAUUUACAUUUUGAAAUUUUCAAGUUUUGACAUUACGAGAUAUAAAGUCGCAACUGCAAGAAACGAUGUUGAAAUUAUGAAAUUUAGAGAAAUAGUCAAAAUUGUGAGCUAUAAAGUCAUAAAUGUGAGAUAUAAUGUGUGAGAUACAGUUGUGAUAUAUUUCACAAUUUCCAUUGAAAUUGUGAGAAUGUCAAAUAUACAACAUAAAAAGUCGAAAUUGAGAGAUGUUGAAAUUGUAAGAUAUAAAGUCACAAUUGUGAGGUACAAAAUUGCAAUUAUGAGAAAUAGUCAUCAUUUCGAGAAUUUUGACCUUUUGUACCUCGUAAUUUUGACAUUGUUUCUCCCUAUUGCAACUUUAUAUCUCGCAAUGUCUUUUAAUAAUGUAAAAUGUAGUUGCAAAAUUAUACUCGCAAUAUAUUAUUAUAACUCACAACUGCAAGAUAUAAAGUCAUAAAUGUGAGAUAUAAUGUGUAAGAUAUAGUUGCGAAUUUACAUUUUCAAGUUUUGACAUUACGAGAUAUAAAGUCGCAACUGCAAGAAACGAUGUUGAAAUUUUGUCUCGACACAAAGUCGCAAUUGUGAUAAACUUUGACUAAAUUACGAAGUAUAAAGUCGAAAUUGAGAGAUAUUGAAAUUGUGAGAUAUAAAGUCACAAUUGUGAGAUAUAGUUACAAAAUUGACUUUUUGUACCUCGUAAUUUUGCAGUUUCUCCCUAUUGCAACUUUAUAUCUCGCAAUGUAAAAUUAUACUCGCAAUAUAUUAUUAUAACUCACAACCGCAAGAUUUAAAAUCGCAAUUGUGAGAAAAUCACGUCACACGUUUUUUCUUCAGUGGCAAGAUCAAGUCUUGUAUCAUGUCAUCCUUUCUCUUUCAGGGCAUGUUUCUUAUUUCAGUAAUUCAACUGCUGCUCAAUGACAUCAUAAAACACAAAUUGUAAUGAAAGAAUGCUCUGUACCUCAUCCCCUUGUGAUACAUUAAUGUAUAUAAUGUUUAUGUAAUAUUUAUGUUUCCUUGUGUUUCUAUCAAUUAGUCCUUUGUUUAAAACAGCACUAUUAACUUGCUAUCCUCAUUACCCUGUAAUGACCCCACCAGUGAGAAAUGCCUCAGUACUGAAAAGCUAUAAUGCAAGCAAACGCCUCAAAUAAAACAAGUUUAUACAACGUU